AUGUUGUCGAAACUCGAGCAUCCGUCCCAAAAGAAGGAGGAGCGGCCACGACUGCCGCAGCCACCGUCCCUGGUCCAACAUCAGACCAACUCGUCUCAAGGACCAUCUCAGGGACCGGCUGGAGAGCCCCAGCCACCGAGGGUUCGCCGGAAGCUUCCUCCGUGAGUUUACAUCAGGGUUCCAGCACGUUUGACUCUUUUUUUGAGAACUCCUACCGACCAGAACCAUCUGACUCAAGACGACCUCGAUCACAUCUUCGAACAUCACCGCUCGAUCGAGAAAGUCGAGGUGUGGCGCCGUCAGUGCGGAUUUCCUCCUUCCAACAUCAACGGAACCGGAACCAGCAGCGGCACCGGAUAA